AUGUCUGCCUCUGCCGGCUGGACGAAGCAGCAGUGGCAGCGGCGCACGUCCCGGCUCGACCCCAUGAUCAAGUUUGUGAAGCCCAAGGACCGCAUCAAGUACUGGAACAUCAUCCCCGGCGACCAGGUCCGCCUGCGCAAUGACAGGAGCGGGCGGAUAUACCAGGUCAAUAUGAUCAACCGCCUGUCGAAUAGGGUCAUGUGA